CUUUCUUUGUUUGUGCCUUGUGACAAACAAACUGCCAACUGGUAGCUCUGGUCCUGGUGAGUUUGUUUGACAGAAAAGGGGGGCCCAAGUUCUUCAAAGAUUUGGAAUGUCAAUUUAGAAGUUGGAGAUUUGUUGUUACUUUCAAAAUGGGGCUCAGCUUUCUCUCCUUCAGUCUUCAACAGCCACUCCCAGGCUAAGUCACUCACAGCCUUACCUACCAUGCCCCAUAGGAGUAUAGAAUGGUACAAUUGAUUUAGAAACAUGGACUAUGUGGCGCAAAAAGAAUUCAAAAGCCUGAGAGACCCCAUCAUCACCACCAACCAAAACCCCUGCACUUCUACUAAUCAUUUCAUGGGAACGCUCCAUAUCAAAGGGUAGGUACUCUGCAAUCUUAACUACUCCUUUGUUUCUCCAAAAACCCGAUUUUAUCCUCUUGUCCUUACCCCAUAAAACCCAAUUGUUUUGCAAAUAAUUUUACCAUAAAUCUGAGAAAAAUCAGUUUUGAUUGAUAUUCUCGUAGUCAUAGCCCUGCAGCAUUGGAUUUCAUUUCCCACUUUUGCUGAUAACCCGGCUUUUUUUUUUCUUUUUGUUCUCUCAAAAAGCAAGGAAGGGUGUGUCUUUAAAAGUUCAUGGAUUUCUGAAAGAAAAGGUUGUUCAAUUUCAAGACCCUGAAAAAAAAAGAUUUUGUCCUUUUAUCAAAGCUAUCUCCUAGGAUGUCCAGAAUUCCAUACAAAUUGAAGCAAAAUGAUGCCAAUUUGGUUUACCCAUCUACUCUACCACCUCUCUAUGCUGUCUCAAUUCCUUCUGAAAGUGCAAAUAACGGACAAGAAUCAACUCCAUCAUCCUCAUCUCAUAUAAGAAUUAGUCCAGUGCUCCUUUUGUUCAUAAUAAUUUUAGCUGUUAUUGUCUUCAUCUCAGGUCUUGUCCAUCUGCUUCUUAAAUUUCUCAUCAAGAGGUCACCUUCUUCACCAAUCUAUCAAUCUAACAGGUUUCCAGAAACCUCUGGUUCUCAUGCUCUUCAAAGACAGCUUCAACAGCUUUUUCGAUUACACGACUCAGGUCUAGACCAAGCUCUUAUAGAUGCUCUACCUGUGUUCUACUAUGCAGAUAUAGUGGGUUUGAAAGAGCCAUUUGAUUGUGCAGUUUGUCUAUGUGAAUUUUCUAACCAGGACCAGCUGAGGUUGCUUCCUUUGUGUAGUCAUGCUUUUCACAUAAAUUGCAUUGAUACAUGGCUUCUCUCAAAUUCAACAUGCCCACUUUGCAGAUCUACCCUUUUGAACUGUGGAUUUUUCAUGGAAAAUCCAAUGUUCAAUAUCAAUUCUCAAGAUUCAAGGGAAAUACCAAGUUGGUUCCCUAGUGAUGCAGACAACAGGCAUUCAAGCAAUCAAAAAUCAUUGGUUACGGAAGAAGCUGUUGGUGAAAAGAGGGUAUUUUCUGUGAGACUUGGAAAGUUCAGAAGCUUAAAUGAUGGAGUAGAAAGUGGAGGGAGAGUUGGAGAGACCAGUAGCUGUAGUUUAGAUGCUAGAAGAUGUUACUCAAUGGGUACAUUUCAGUAUGUGGUUGGUGAUUCAAAUUUGCAGGUGGCUUUGCACAAUGACAGUGGUUCAAUCAAUGGUGGUGGAGCUAGUGAUGUAAAGCUUGUUAAAGAUGAAGUUCAUCAAGGAAAAUUUUCAGUAAAUGGGGAUUUGGAGGGGAAGAGAAUCAGUCACAGGCCAAAGGGUGAUAGCUUGUCUGUAUCCAAGAUCUGGCUCUGGUCUAAGAAAAGCAGAUGUCCAAAUUCUUCUAAUACUGAUAUCACUGUGCCUCAGUUUCUGAACAUUACUAAUAUGACAGAAGACUUCAGUAUAAGUUCCUUAGGCUAGCUUGAACCAUGAGUAUCAGUGAAAACAUCGCAUAUAAAAUUCAGUAUGUUCUAUAAAUAUUUUGGGGCCAGAUGUAAUCAGGCUUAUGAUAUGAAGAUUUUUUUUUUAUUUUUUUUUUAUUUUUGCUAAGAGCUUAUUAUAUGAAGAUUAAGUCCACCUAGUUUAGCACUUGUAUAUAACCUUUCUUCCUCUUGAGAACC